AACAGUAAUUUUUUCGAACAUUUUUUUGACUUCACUGAUGGUGAAUGUAUUCCAACCGCCGGUGGAGGCACUGCAGUGUUAUUUAACGAUGUUGAACAGGUCUCACACAAAAGCCCUGCGAGAACUACACGGAAAAUCUAAUAUUUUCUACAUUUUUUUCAAUAAAUGCUUCGACAUUUCAUAG